AUUAUGCCGCUGCACCCGUUGCUUGUCCAGCAAAAAGUCCAGGCACUUUUUCCCGAGAUCGCGCUGUUGAACAAAUCCCUGUGCUUUCCACUCAAAAUGUGGAUGCCGUGCGGUGACAUUUACUACUAUCUAUAUCUGUCUUCUGCACUGCCUCUGCUGCUGCAGCCAACCCACAAGGCGUUCUGCAGUGUGGCCGCAUAUGCGAACCAUAUGUCACGGAUUUGUAGAGGUCUUCGUGAUGUCGUGGUUGCGAUCCUCCAGGCGAUAACUUCGAAGUCCGAUCCUUUACCAGAAUCACUCGUCACUCGCAUCGCGGACACAUCGGCCCUUCUCAUCUCGCGCAUAGACGAGUGCUCACUUGCUUGCGACAUCGCGGUCGGAACCCUAUUCACCUACGGGAAAGCCGUCGACGGACGACUCUCUCACAACCGCGUCGUCGAGUUUCUCCUCCCUCUGAUUGACUUUUUUGACCUGCGAACUCGGGAGGAGAGGCUGCGCGAUCACGCACGCGUUGAGAUCCUAUGCGAACUUCGACGCCUGCACCAGGACAUGACCUCCAACUCACGGCUCUUCAGAAAGGUCAGAGAUUCCGUCAAUCUGAUAAAGGAACGGUACUCCGACACGAAGUGCGCCGAGAUACGCCAAUUACCGGAGGAUGAACGACGUUCUAUAGAGGCUGUCAUGCGGCAGACAAUUCACAAGCUCGCUGCCUGGGAGGACGAUUGGCGCAUGGCAGAGGAGUUGAUUAUGGGCAAGGCAGAAGAUGUGGACCGUAGACUCGUCCAGUCGCAGGCGAGCCAUAGCCCAAACGAUUUCAAGGCUUUGACUGAAUCGAGAGGAUGGCAAACAAGCCGAUAACCGGGCUUUCUUGGUUUCGAAAUGGGAGCGAGGGAGCGGGCGAGUUACGUGCGAAGCGGACGUUCGAGCCUACAUCCAGCGUUCUAUCCAUCCCGGGAAGAGAGAUUUAUCAUCGUUUUUGUGAUAAGUCGCUCAGUCCUUAGCUAUAGGCUUGAUUACCAUCGACUGUCUUGUGUCCUGUUCAAGUGCG